UGGUCACCCCGUGGUGCCCUUAUAAAACUCAACAUUUACCCUACUCACGCUGGCUCGUGCCCACCCUCACAGUCGGGCAUAUUUGCGGAAUACACCACGCCGCCGUUGACCCUGGCCAUUGACCGAGCAACCCAACGCUCCUACCAGCUCCCUCCCUCCGCAGGAAUGUGUUAAUGCGUUCGCCACCUAUAUUUUUUUUCGCAAGUGUUCUUUACAGUUUUCUGAAGUGUCAAGAGUAGCCGCUCGCUCUUUACCCAUCCGCUUCGCUUCUCUCCGUGUUAGCUCGGUAAGCCUCCUAAGAGUGGAGGAUGUUGCCACGCGUAUCAAUACCACAAUUUCAGAGAGGGCGUUAUGUUGCAGGAUAGCGACCACGCUCCGUUGCGCUGGAACCAUAUCUCACGGCGCACGUAAUCCAGCAUCCAUCAGAAUGGAAUGAAUUAUAAUCUCCCCUCCUCAAGCCAGAUUUUAGCCUCGGACUCCCAGGACCCAUGGGCUGAUGCAAAGUUUUAGCCAAUGCGGCUACCUUGCUGCGUGUCGUACAAGUGCUUUUAGGCUCUUGCUCAUCAACGGAAGAGACAGAGUAGGUGUGAAUAGCCGACUUGAUGAGGCACCUCGGUAAAGCAAUCCUUCCCGAUGAAUGAAACGAUCGUUGUGUUCGGCUAUGUUUUGCUUUUUUUUCUUCCUUUUCCCCGCUGAUAAUAUUCGGAACAUUACUCACCAAGGUAAGAUGCAUUUGAAGUUUUUGGGCCAAAAACAGAUAUGAUCUCGAAAUAUAAAAACACAGCAAUCUAAUCUGACCAUCUCCGCCCACAUCAUUGGCACAAUAUGCUCAAAAUGUGAGCACCUGUUUUCGAAGCAAAAGAAAUGGCUCAUUUCCCACUGGACCUGGGUGGCCUUGUGUUACUUGAUGUCAUUGCACAUUUGUGAGAAAGCCACCAGGAAGAGCAGCCCAUUCUCUUUAAUUUCAGCCCAUAACCUUGACAGGGAUGUCCCCUGCCACUCCACCGUACCCAGACCUCGGUCCCUUUGGAAAUCAUCGGCUCACCUAUUGACAAGGAGCUGUUGUGCUUGAUGGAAAGCUCAAGGAUUUAUGCACCGUUCCAUCAAGCCCUUACCCUCCCAACUUCUUACUCACCCCGCCACCCACCAAACCACACCGCACCCUCAUACCUCACCCUGCCACGAGUCACCCUCCAUAAUCCCCAAAAGGAAUAAGGCGACCGUGCGAUGGACGCGUUUGUGGUUUCACACACACUGUGCAAAUUGCGGACUCAAGAUAUAAUUCAGGAAAUUGGUUAUUACUCGAAUUAUAUUAUAAAAUCUUUACACGACAAUUACUUGAAUACCAUCCUGCUUUAACAAGGAGCUUAGGAAGGGUUUGACUGUUUUUUGGGGAUUUUGUGUUCCCAGGAUACUGCUAGCAAAUUUUCAUAUAUUCAAACGUUAUCAAAUUUAUACCCAUGCACAAUAUUUGGGUAUUUCGAGCACUUUGAGUAAAAUAACCACUUAGAAAAGUGAUCAUUGUGGGGUCGUUUGACUAUACUUCAUCAUGCUGGUCAGUGUAGGUUGGUGAAAGGUGGAGGGGAGUGGUGGGGGUGAUUCUGGAACGGUUCAGGUAUCAGCACUGAUGUUAGCUAUGGCUGGGAAUCUUAAGUCUGGUUGAUGGGUCCAUAGGUACGGCACGCGAACCACUGUUCCAUCAGUCCACCCCAGUGGGUAAAAAGUGAUAAUCGUAAAGAUGUCGUUUUUCCAGUCGUUAGCGUAUACAAAUUGUAGCUGCGGGUUUCCUUAGAUAAGGCAAUCGCAGGUCUCACGAUGUACGGGCAUCUACACCAUUAGAGGCGCUCAUUCAACCACAGUCAGCAAACAGCAGACAGCCCACAGGAACUCGCAUUGGAGACAGCAAAAAUGCAUAAAUUGAGAUGACUAAUCUCUCAACCAGCCUGUCAGGUGCUGCGGUGGCUUGUGCACACCCAUAGCACGGGAACAAAAAGGGGAAGCGAGGUGUGUUUAAGGCAGGACACCUUCAGAGUCGCAGGUGAAAACUCGCACUGCAGUGUCCGAGACCCAUUAUCCAAAUGUGUUCAGUUUUGUUAAUGACUGGGCCUUUCGGAAUUUGAUCAUUCAAUAACAAGGACUAGAGCUUUGAAGAUACAGUGGUAAGUUUUUUUAAAAUAUAUUUAUAUUAUGUGUGCCUAUGACAAGACCACGUGGAAUGUGACUAAUUCUCGUUAGAACUUUGCAGGGUUGAGCUUCGGUAAGUGCUUGCAUGGGUGGCCACUGUGCGCUAUGUGGUGUGCAGCAGCGAGUAGUGCAGCAAGCUACAUUGUUGGACUGAACUUUAAUCUCCCCACUUCUCUGCUCCCCGACUUCACUGACCUGUGCUGACCAGCAUGGUGAAGUAUGGUCAAAUAAUCCUCGUGAUCUGCGUAUAAUGCCUGGCAGUAGAUUAACAAUUGAUAUUUUGUUGAUUUUCUUUUUUCAUAUGGAAUUAAUUUGAGUUAUAGUUAUGCAUUUCUCUAUUAUGGAUUUCUUUCUGAGUUGGAAAUUAAAUCUUGAUAAUUAAAUUUUAAGUUUAAUGACAAUUAAACAAAAAUGUCAGCAUAAACUUUGUAAGAUGAGUUAAGCCUGACAAAUGGAAAAUACAAGUCAUUUUCACGAAACCAAAUGUUUAAAAGUUUAGCCUGCUCUCAAAAUGUUUGGAAAAUAGUACGUCAAGCGUUGUAUUAUUGUUGGACUGGCUCCUGUGUGGGAUUUGGGAUUUGUCAGUAAGUCUUAAAUUUCGGCACAAAUCCUACAAAUGGAAUUGGGCUAAAAGUGGGACCAUAAAUUGAACCCAACACUGCCCCUCCAGCCUACCGUGUAACUGGUUAUUUUCAUCCCCCACAGUUUUACACGCUCAUUUUAAAUGUAUCGAUUUAUUUAAAGAAUUACACUGGCAUGGAAAAUGCCAUUAACCUAGAGGUUAAGGCAUGAAUCAUGAUGUGGUGAUCAAUGACGCUCCGUUCCAGCUAUUUUUUGACACAGUGGUGUUAGCGUGCCGUACCUAUAACCUGGAAAAAUAGUGAAUGUUCUCUCGACGGUUAACGUGCAACCAAGCAAAUAAGUAAACUCGCCAACUCGCUGUUAAAAAAAAUCUGCAAGCUGAAAGAUCUGCUGCAUGACUCAGCUAUUUUGAGAAAAUGUCAAUAAACAGAGAUGUUUUUAAGCGCUGCAUAGCUUCUUUUUGUCUGAGAGGGUUCCAGAUUUUUUUGGUACAAUAAAUAUUAUCACUGGCGCAAAAAUAAUCGCUCAAAUUGCAGAACAGUUUUAAAGUGGUCUUUUCAAAGUCUACCAUUGUAAAUCUACGUAAGUGGAUUUAUCAGUGGACGCAGCUAUUCCACUUUUACCAACACAUAGCUGAGAAUGAGGGUUUUCUCGCUCAGCACGAACAAAAUUGUUUAAUGUCAACAACACAUUAAAAUUCCAGGUGGCAUUCUCAUUUGAAAAAUUGUCAAACAGCCAGUUUACUAUUAUCAAUGUAAAUUUAUGUGGCUCUGUAAAUACGGUGACUUAUAGUCCUUUUUAUUAACUUCAAUUUUAAUGGAAGGGCUGAUGUUUACUAGUUAUGAACCAUGAUUGGGCCGCCUUUGCAUUCGUUAUAAAAAAAAAUGUUAAACAAAUGCCUCUGCUAAAUAAAAGCUCCAUCAAUCCGCCCAAAAGAACUCUGUAGUUGAAUUAAUUCCCAUCUUCAUACGCGAUGCGAUGUCUAUGUUGUGCAGCUGCACUAAGGUGGGAUGUGCAGCAAAUUUAAAUAUCGCAUUACAUCAGCGCUAUGGCGAGCUACACUGCAGCACUAGGGCGUUACCCUGAACAGCACAGGCAUCAAGGGAGAAGCCAAUAGCAGCUUCUUAACCAUUAACUGCACACAAACACACAACUGCUGCCUGUGUGAAGAAUGCCCAAGCGCCCUAGAAGCCAGACACUCGCCCAUUUGAACCCAGCUCGUGUACAUUUUUGGUCUCCAAUAAUUCAGCACUCAAAAUGCCCUUUCAACGAGCUCCCUGCAAUGUAAACUCCGGUAAAUUGCAGGCAGCUGCGCCGAUCAUCGAAAUUGACGCUGCGCGCGAGAGGGUGGGCCGCCUCUUAAAGCCGACGAGAGGGCACUUUUUGCCGCACUGGAGAUACUGCAAAGGGUUAAUCAUUGGCCCUGCCUCGUCACCUGACCCCACGUUCCCACUCCCUUAAUGCAGACUUGUUCAACACAGAGUUGCCACUGGAUCUGAGCGGCAUUUAGCGCUCGGUCCUGAAUGGUCGGGCGGUUUCCUUUCGUCCGAUGUUCUUUUUUCGGGGAGCAUAGCUGUCAAGAAAUCACAAGUAUGCCCGCGACGCUGCUGAGAUGCCUCUGCGUAUGGUCAGAGUGUUAAACCUCUUGAGCGGCAUCCACUGUGGAUGUCGUCUCUUCCACAUCUUCCUGAGAAAACUACUCUUCGGCGUGGAUGUUGAGGCACAGGGCCCAGAGACGGUCACGUGCACAGACGGCUCGCUCAGCCGAGACGCCACGGCGGCCUGCUCCCCGGCCCGCGCGUGCGACGACGCCUCGGCCCCGCCAGGCGCCUCCGCCCAGUCGCGGCAAUCAACGUCGCGCAGGGCCAGCUUCCAGCGAUCCAACUCGGCGCUGCGCCGGGCACAGCAGCAAGCGGACGACGGGACCACGGCUGCGACAGCCGCUGCACGGCGGAAGCACUCGCUCGCCGGGAGCUACGAGCUCUCCUCCGACCUGCAGGAUAAACAGGUGGAGAUGCUGGAGCGUAAAUACGGGGGCCAUUACAUCAGCCGCCGUGCAGCGUGUACCAUACAGACCGCCUUCCGAGAGUACCAGAUGAAGAAGCAGUUCCGGAGGAUCCGGGACUCCAUGUGUGAGAACCGCGUCUCCAAGGGCACUCGGAUGCAGCUACCGACCCAGGAGUCCCCCAUUGCGGGGAAGGCGCCACCACAAGGAGGACUUGCACCCACAACGGCCGUGACGGCCGUGAUUGCGGCCUCCACAGACCGGAAGUCCGAGGGCAAAGAGGGCCCGAAGCGGACGCGGCAUGGCGGGCGACAACAGGGAGACACAAUCACGGAGCUGGAAGACGCCUUCUCUAAGCAGGUCAAGUCGCUUGCGGCCUCCAUCGACGAUGCGCUCAACUGCAGGGGCCUGAGCAAGUCGGACGAGGAGAAGCUGGACUCGCGGUCGGCGGGGAACGAUGGCGGCUCCUCGACGCUGACGCUCCUCCCCAAAGACGAGCUCGCGGAGGACCCCAGCCAGGUGGACGACGGCAUCGUGAAGGACAAGCUGGCCGCGUCGUACAGCGACAUCACGCUGUACAUCGACGAGGACGCGAUCACGCCGCCGUCUCCGACAAACCGUAUCUCUGCCGCGCCAGCAGUGGCGACGGCGGCGGCCGCGUCGUUUAUUGCCCCAGACAGAUUCCACUCGGGGUGCAGCAUCUCCGAGGGCAGCCAGACACACACGUACGUCAGGAGCACGUUCCCUAAAACGACCGUCGCCUCCCAAACCGUGAACAUGGCCAGGGACAUGCGGGCGAUGCCCAUCGUGGAGAAGGCCCAGGUUCUCAUGGACUCCUUGAGCCAGGACGUGCCGAGGAAGCAACAUCUCUCGGCCCACCCCUUGAGCCCGAAGAGCCCCUCGCGGGGAUCCGUCGACUCUGGCUCGCUACCCGGGGCCAGCACGGCGCGGGUCCUACCGCCGGAGGCCCCCUCCGCUCUGCGGCAGGCUGGGGUCCUCAGCCUGGGCGUCAACGGGAGAAGGCAGAGCAAGGCCGACUCGGACUUCUCGGACGCCGACAACGACAGCAUCAACAGCACGUCCAACUCCAACGAGACCAUCAACUACGGGUCGGAGACGUCAUCGCACACGAGCGCACGCGACCCCGCGCUCACGCGACCCGGCUACCACAAGGACGCGCAGGGGGGCUGUGACUCACCCGCCUUCAGCAACGACAUCAUCCGCAAGCGGCAGUAUCGCAUCGGACUCAACCUCUUCAACAAGAAGCCGGAGAAAGGAGUCGCCUACUUGAUGGAGCGCGGCUUCGUGCCCGACACCCCCGUUGGAGUCGCGCACUUCCUCCUUCAGCGCAAGGGGCUCAGCCGCCAAAUGAUCGGAGAGUUCCUGGGCAACCGGCAGCGCGCCUUCAACCGCGACGUGCUGGACUGCGUGGUGGAUGAGAUGGACUUCUCGGGCAUGGAGCUGGAUGAGGCGCUGCGAAUGUUCCAAGCUCACAUCCGCGUGCAGGGAGAGGCGCAGAAGGUGGAGAGGCUCAUAGAGGCCUUCAGCCAGCGCUACUGCAUGUGCAACCCGGGCGUGGUGAAGAACUUCCAGAACCCGGACACCAUCUUCAUCCUGGCGUUCGCCAUCGUGCUGCUCAACACCGACAUGUACAGCCCCAACGUGAAGCCCGAGAGGAAGAUGAAACUCGACGACUUCGUCAAGAACCUGAGGGGAGUCGACGAUGGGGCGGACAUCCCUCGGGAGAUCCUGGUGGGCAUCUAUGAGAGGAUCCAGCGUGGAGAGCUCAAGACCAACGAUGACCAUGUUACGCAGGUGGCCAACGUAGAGAAGACCAUCGUGGGCAAGAAGCCGGUGCUCUCGCUGCCACACCGCCGCCUCGUCUGCUACUGCCGCCUGUUCGAGGUGCCAGACCCAAACCGACCUCAAAAACUGGGCCUCCAUCAGCGAGAGAUUUUCCUCUUCAAUGACCUGCUUGUGGUUACAAAAAUCUUCCACAAGCGGAAACAUUCGACGAGUUACAGCUUUCGCCAGUCGUUCCCCCUGUACGGAAUGCAGGUCCAUCUCUUUGAGAAUCAGUACUAUCAGCACGGGAUAAGGCUCGUCUCAUCGACGCCUGGCUCAGAAACAGAAAUCCUCGUCAUCUUCAAUGCUCCCAAUCCUGAAGACCGCAAAAAGUUUGUGGAGGAUCUGAAAGAGUCGACUUCAGAGGUGCAAGAGAUGGAAAAGUACAGAAUAGAAGUCGAGCUGGAGAAGCAGAAGGGCAUCAUGAGGCAGACGUCAGCACAGGGGCAUGCUGGGAAGAGGAAGGAGGCGACAAAUGGGGGCAUGCCCCGAGGCAGCCUGGAUGACAGCUGCAUCGUGGGCGGAGAGGCCCUCAAGAGGAGUGCGCUGAGUAGCUCUCUGCGGGACCUCACCGACGGAGGAAAGCGGGGACGGCAUGGAAGUAUAAGCACACUUGAUGGUCAAGCAGAGAGCCCUGGAAUGAGUAGUCCAACCCCGCCAAGGAAGGCAUCAACGGCAGACGCGGACAGCCUAACGGCCUCCUCGCACUCCCGCCUGUCCAACUCGUCCUCCUUCCGACUAGGGACCAUCUUCGGCUCGCUGCGCGGAAAGUCAGUCACCCAGUCGAGUCGAGGCCGCUCGGCUUCCCAGCAAUCCGAGGCGGCAGUGGCCGCGUGCGUGGCGGCGGCGGCGGCGGCGGCCGUCGCGGCCCCGCUCGUAGCGCAACCUCAGCAGCUUUUCGCCGCGUCGCCGGCAGAAUCGGCCCAGGCGCCGCCGCACAGUCCCCGGUCGGCUCGGGCCGAGCGGCUGCCGCCACCGCCGCCGUCGCAUCAUCAGCAGCAGCAUCAUCAGCAACAGCAGCGCCAGUACGCUCACAAGGCGGCGCAGCAGCAGCAGCAGCAGAGUCCUCGAAAGCCAACACUCUACCCAGAAUGAAACCACAAGAUAAGCUCCCGAAGAGCUAAGAGAGGACUUGGAAGGCUCAAGUGUCUCUGUAUAAUCCUCAGCGAGAACCCUGGGCCGGUCGUCAGGCGAUCGGGCAGGGAAAAAAAAAAUGGUGCAAGCCAGGCGAUGUGCGUACACUCACAGCAUAGGGACCUGCUUCCGAUAUCCUCUGCCGUCGACCGAGCUACAUCAUCGGCUGCCAUGCCAGGAUGUCCAGUGAGAGCCGCCCGCAAGAGGAGAGACAACAUGAUGCGCUGUGCAUUUGAAGGAACCGAUCUCGAGUUCCAAGCGAUGUUUGUGUGGCGACUGCACUCACGGCAUCCGUCCUGACAUUUUGACGUCGAGGUGCCGUCAAUUUGGGUCCAGCGAGGAGGGUGGGCGGGGCAAGAGAGAGCCUGACCGUGAACGACACCUCUGCUCUUUCCUCAAGCGCACUCCCAACGUUCCACUGCCCAAGGCCGGACGCCUCGGUUAAACUCCACUUGGUUGUGGCUGAAGUUAGCGGUGGCAAUGAUGGCGUGUUUGUGUGUGGUUUGAUUAACGGCUGGACAUUGGCAACCUAAAAGUGCAUUCGGUGUUGAUACAAUUCGGGCUCAUCAACGAGGAAGCUAUACGUCAUGAAAAUGUUAUGUUUUGUUAAAAAUUUAAACGUUCACAAAAAAAUUGAACGAAUACUUAAAUCAUUUAAAGUGGCUGGGAAUAUUUAUAUUACAAACGAUUUAAAUAACUCUAAUUUAAAAGGUGAUCUGAUAAUAUUAUUCAGCUGGAAAUUGAAAAAAAAAAACGCGAUAGCUCAGGAAGGUGCAGAAGGUUUAUCGGAGGCCAAGGGCUGAAGAAGGGAACUUUAUCAAGGGCGGUCGUGUCUCGCGAAAUCUUUGCGUGAGUGCAAACUCGACGGGAACACACACGUACGUUGUGUGAGGUCAAAGGUCAAAGAGCAAGGGGCUCACACUCAGCCAAGGCAACCUUUUGCAUGGUCCUGAUAUGACCAGAAAAUGCUAAAGCAUGAGAUUAGAGGUCGCGAUUAAUGUCUAUUGAACUAUUACGGUAUGUGUUCUAAAGGAAAUACAGUAUAUGGUAUCUUACUAAACAACUUGCAUUUGACGUUUCUUUAUUCUGGUCUAAUUAUUCUUUCGAGGACCUUUGUAAACUUCACUAGUACAGUGCUGUGUCGUUAUUGCAUUGGGUUUUUGUUGUUGUUCAAAUGCAUAUAUUUGAAACACCAUCGCACAUUUACGGAAGCCCCGCCACAUUACCCAACACCCAUGACACGAAUGUAUUCCCCUUUGCUGUGCUUCGGUCACAAAUGAAUAACAAGUCCAACGAGAGGGCAGACAACAUUCAAAAAACCGCUGCGGUUAUGUCGACAGCCGAACAACGCGAGGUCUACGCGGAAGACAUUCGCACAGGGCACAAACCAUGGUCGCAGCAACAAAAAACUUCCCCCCCCCCCCCGUACAUUUUCGUGCACGUUUCCAUGCAAUUACUUUCCGCGCUGCAGGCAGAGUGUUGAUUAAACUGUUUUCUUUCCUCUC